AUGUCUAAACAUAAUAUUGUUUCAUACAAUAUAUUAUUGAAUUUAUAUGGUCUAUAUUAUCAAUCAGAUAAAGCUUUAAAAACUUAUCAUCAGAUGUGUCAACAAGGUCAUCAACCAGAUGAUAAAACAUACGUUCUACUUAUUCAUACAUUAAGUCAAACACCAAAUAAAAUUAAUGAUGUUAAACGAAUAUUUUCAACUAUUGAAGAACAUAAACGUGGACCUAUGGUAACAGCAGCUAUGAUUGCUGCGUUAACUCGAGCACAAUUAUUUGAUGAAGUUAAUGAUUUAUUUAAAAAAUUACCAAAAGAAAAUAUUUUAUUCUAUGCAAUGAAAGCAAAUAGUAAUGAAACGAAUGAAAAAUUUCAUUAUCCAAUAUCAAUAACAAAUGAACAAUUAGCAUUGUAUGAUUUAUUAAUGAGUAAUAUUUAUACAUAUGCUGGUUUACAUGAUCGAUUAACAAAUGUCGAUGAAAUUUUAUAUGAGAAUAAAAUAUUAAAAGAUCGUUUAUCAUAUUCUUGGUUUGAAAAAUCAAAUGGAAAAAUUGAAUAUUUCAAAAGUGAACAAUUACAAUUAAAAACAUGUGAACAUACAGAAAAACUUGCACUUGUAAAUGCUUUAGAUGAACAGAAGAAUAGUUCAUCACCUAUCCUUAUUGGAAAAAAUCAUCGAACAUGUACUGAAUGUCAUGAUUACUUUAAAAAAGUUUCUUUGUCUUCUUCUCAAAAAAAAAUUUAUUUACGUGAUUCAACUCGUUUUCAUAUAUUUUCAAAUGGUACUUGUUCGUGUGAAAUUUCUUCGUGA